AUGGUCAGCGGUGCUGGGUCCUCAGACGGAGAGCUGUCGAGCAAGGCCGGGGACAGCCCCAGCAGGAAGCGGAGGCGGAUAUGCAGGCAUAUAUCAUCCGGUGAGCCACCUACAAUCGGUGAAAGCAAUGUAUCAGUUCCAGCACCAGCUGUUGAGAGACGGACACCCAGACACCACUACCCUCCUAGACGCCGCGUUCGUUACAUGAGCGGCGGCAACGGGCCGGUGUGCACCCACCAGCGGUUGAUGGAGCACACACCACACCCUCAACACCCGCAGCAUCCCCACCCCGCGCACCUCACUCACCCCGCACACUCUACGCCCGUGCUCCUAGAUAUUAAUCAGAUGUCACUGCGCGGUGCGCGGUUGAACGCGCUCGGGGGAAGCGUAGCGUGGUCACACCACGCGCACCAUUCCCAUCCCCAUGCACACCACGCGCAUCCACACCAUGCGCAUGCGCAUAGGGACCACCCACAACGGACACAGGUGGCGAGUUUAAGUGGCGCCGAGAUGUGGCCGGCCGUUCUGCCCGCGCUGCCUCACGCGCUCCGCUAUCAGAUGGGCGGCGUGUACGCCGGUCUUCAGUACCACGGCAGUUUCGCGCCGCCGCACCCUCCGCCCCGCGGUCCGUUCGCCUCUCCGCCGCAUCCGCACACACACUACAUCGCCAACUCGCAGCGUGCGGAAAGCGGACGUCUAGAUAUGUUAGGCGGCGGUGAGGGUACUCUGUCACCGCUGCAAGCCACGCCCGAUCUUCAUCAUGCUCCGCUCUUAUUGGCCACUGAGGCUCAGAGGGCACCCAUUGAACUGAUGGCGUCACAUCACGCGAGACACCCUCUGUCGCACCACCACCAUCAACGUCGCAGCGGCGGUGUGGCGCACGCGCACGCGCACGCACACGCGCAUGCGCACGCCGGCGUCGGGGUGGGCGUGAACGUGGUGGGGGCCGGUUCAAGGGGGAGACCGUACGUGCGCACUGCGCCGCGGUGGACUCCACACCCACAUCCACAUCCCGUUCACCAUAUACACGCUCAGGGUGGAGGCGGCCUCGUAAACGCAUUACCGCAACUGCACGUCGCGUCGCAGCUGUCAUUGCCGCCCCCACCACCCACUUAUCAGGUGUUCCUCAAUCUGCUGGCAAUGUUCCCCCUGUCCCCCUACGGAGAGGCGCGGGGCGAGGACGGGGCUGAUUCCCCAGAGACGGAGAACUACGAGGCGCUGCUGUCGCUCGCGGAGCGCCUGGGCGAGGCGAAGCCCCGGGGGCUGGCGCGGCACGAGAUCGACCUGCUGCCCAGCUAUAAGUACUGCGAGCAGACACACCAAGGCGAGCAGACGUCGUGCGUGGUGUGCAUGUGUGAGUUCGAGGCGAGGCAGACGCUGCGCGUGCUGCCGUGUGCGCACGAAUUCCACGCGAAGUGCGUCGACAAAUGGCUAAGGUCGAAUCGAACGUGCCCCAUAUGCCGCGGCAACGCGUCCGAAUACUUCAACAACUCGGAGUGA